CGAUCUACCACUCUCCUUUUCUUUACUUCCCGCGAUUCCUUCUCCCAUUCAUUCAUUCCUUCCUUUCCAUUGCUGCCGACAGUAGAGUACCAAUUGAUCCGCAACGAUGAGGGGCAUUUUCUUCAUUCCCGUUGUAGCGGCGGUGCUGCUGGUGCUGGUGUCGGAUGUCGCGACGGCGGACAAUGGAGGAUCGUCGGAUCUGAAGCUGCAGGUGAAGACUGUUAGGGGGAAGAAGUUGUGUAUAAAGGGUUGGGAGUGCAGGGAGUGGUCGAUCCAUUGCUGUAAUCUCACUAUAUCAGAGUACUUUCAGUCGUACCAGUUCGAGAACCUCUUCUCCAAGCGUAACUCCCCUAUCGCUAAAGCUGUAGGCUUCUGGGACUACUUUUCCUUCAUCACCGCUGCCGCUAUCUAUGAACCCCUUGGUUUCGGCACUACUGGCGGCAAGAUGAUGCAGAUGAAGGAGAUCGCCGCCUUCCUCGGCCACGUUGGUAGCAAGACCUCUUGUGGUUAUGGAGUUGCUACUGGAGGACCAUUGGCUUGGGGUCUUUGCUAUAACAGGGAAUUGAGUCCUAGCCAGUCUUAUUGUGAUGACACAUACAAAUACACCUAUCCAUGCGCUCCUGGAGCUGAAUACUAUGGUCGUGGUGCCUUGCCUAUCUAUUGGAACUAUAACUAUGGAGCAACCGGGGAGGCUUUAAAGGAGGAUUUGUUAAACCAUCCGGAAUACAUAGAGCAGAAUGCUACACUGGCCUUCGAGGCUGCAAUUUGGAGGUGGAUGACCCCAAUCAAGAAAUCACAGCCUUCAGCACACGAUAUCUUUGUUGGUAACUGGAAACCCACCAAGAACGACACUUUGUCAAAGCGUUUUCCUGGCUUUGGCGCCACAAUGAAUGUUCUCUAUGGGGAUCUUGUUUGUGGUCAAGGUGAUAUUGAUGCUAUGAACAACAUCGUCUCCCAUUACCAGUAUUACCUCGACCUGAUGGGUGUUGGCCGAGAGGAAGCAGGUCCUCAUGAAGUGCUCACUUGUGCUGAGCAGCGUGCAUUCAAUCCAAUCACUUCGACUCCUGUGUCGUCUACUUGAGCUAUAUAUUUCUCUGUGUAUGCUGGCCAAUCUCAAAAGGUAAUAAUAAGAUUGGAAAAAGUUUGAAUGUUUCUUCUUAUCUUCAGCGUCCGUGUGGAAUCAGAAUACCUGGACAAUCGAUUGCGUAACAUGGAUGGAUUAGUUUGCUGCUGUUGCCAUUUGUUAUUGUCUCAUAAAUUUCACCAAAUUCAUUGUUUCUUAAAGUUGUGUGAUAUGAAUAUGAUAUUAUGUUUUGUUACUUUGUGUAGUAUAUUUAGUCAUGUACCAUUUUGUGGUUGAAUUGCAGAAGAUAUGUAAAGUAAUAUGACCUUAUUUCACA